AUGGUCGCCCAUUCCCUGCUUCAUGGAGCCAUUGCCAUCGCCAGAGCGGAUAACCCGAUCGCCUCGCUGAGGCAUGAUUGGGUUCCUUUACUGGCAGCUGCUGCCGUUCUUGUCAUAAUCCCCGUGACGUUGCAUGCGGUCGUCCGACGGCACUGUCAGGUCGCCAUGAAUAUCCACUACCUUCUGGCGGUCACGGCAAUGGUGGCCCUGGCGUAUCAUACGUGGGACCAAAGUCUUCGUCCAACAACGCUGGAGUGCUGGACGGCCCACCGUAAGCAUACGUGCCUUUGA